UUUAAAAAAAAAAAACGGAUUACAUCACCUCCAAACGAGUAAAUGUAUUUAAAACAAGCGAACUGAGCAGACCGAGACAGAAAUAUAAAGUCUCUCGAAGAAAAACGUCAAGAAAAGACGGCAUGUUCGUAACAACAUGAAAAAGAAAAAGUGCGGAGGACUGUUGUGAAGCGGGGAGACCGAGACAGUCGGAGGAGAGAGUCAAGCAGGAGAACACACCCAAACCCACCGGAGUUUGCCAUGGAUCCCCCUCCCUCUUUGAGCUUGGCCCUUCUCGCUGGGAGUGAGGAAGAAGAUCAAGUUACGUCCCACCCUCUGAGUGGUAUCUCCCACACAUCUCUAUCCAGCAACUACCCGGGUAGCAACCACUCUAACCAUACAGGUGGGACCAGCAGUCUGGAGAGACUCAACAGAACACCUUCUCCCACCGGUCCGAACCUUCCGCCCAUCUCCCUGCCCAAGCUUCCGUUGGUCACAACUCCACAACUUCCAGCACCGAUUCCCAAUGCACUUCACCCCACUAGCACACCGCUCUCAUCCUGUUUGGGCAGCCAGCACAGCCUGAGCGGCGACACAUCGCCCAUCUACAACGCUCUCUUCUAUUCAUCUCAUUCGCCCACGGGCGAGCGGGAACGAGAUCGGGAACGGGAACGAGGCAAACAUAGGCAAGCAAGUCCGUUGGUGCACCGGAGGGACAGCAACCCGUUCACAGAGAUUGCCAUGAGCUCGUGCAAGUACACUGGUGGUGUGAUGAAGCCACUUAGUCGCCUCAGUGCCUCGCGCAGAAACCUUAUUGAAUCUGACAGUGGUAGUGACAGCAAGGAGGGUGGGGCCGCCACUGGACAGGGGACAAUACCCUCUUCUUCAUCCUCAACCUCGGCACCACAAAACCCACCCGAGAUCGUCAUCUCCUCUAAAGAGGAUCCACCCUACGGACAUGUCUAUGAGCUGGAACAGUCACCCAAUCAGAUGUCUAUCUAUCACCAGAACCACACCUUGUCUGAGAGCAGGAGCAAUCUGGGUGGGACGGGAAGCGGGGGCAACGGACCUCAAGGUGGGGCCGGUGGAGCGGCCGGGAGGACAGCCUCCAAAGCUCAAAAGCGCAAAAACCAGAACAUCGGCUACAAACUGGGCCACCGGAGAGCACUGUUCGAGAAGAGGAAGAGACUUAGUGAUUACGCGCUCAUCUUUGGCAUGUUUGGCAUCGUCGUCAUGGUGAUCGAGACUGAGCUGUCUUGGGGUGUCUAUAGUAAGAGCUCCAUGUAUUCCCUGGCGCUAAAGUGUCUUAUCAGUCUGUCCACUAUCAUCCUCCUCGGCCUCAUCAUCGCUUACCAUGCUCGAGAGGUGCAGGUGCUACAGGAUUCAAUGAUACCGACAUGGCAUUCUCAGUGUAAGGGCCUCUUCUUCCUCCUCUUCACUACUGGAUGAUAUAAUGUCAGUUGUUGUAUCUAAUAUUUCUAAUAAUGAAACCCCUCAUUAAUAACAUU